UGGUUUGAAACAAAGAUGUUGGCCCUAAAGCAAAAUAUUUCUGAAGGAUCUGAUCUGGGAGAGCGAACAAAAACUGUCAUGAUGGAAAGAGGCCUAGGUUGAGAGGGCAGAAGUUCCACAGAGAAGAUGCACUAUAAAUGUGAGGAGCGUGGGAAAGUCUUCAAAUAUAAUUCCUCCUUCAUUAGCCAGAGAAAUCAUACUGGUGAGAGACCCCAUAAGUGUAAAGAAUGUGGGAUAGCCUUUAUGAGCAGCUCAUCCCUUUUAAAUCAUCAUAAAAUCCACAUAGGCAAGCAACCUUAUAGAUGUACUGAAUGUGGGAAAUUCCUCAAGAAGCACUCAACAUUUGUUAGUCAUCAGAAAAUUCAUUCUAGAGAGAAACCCCAUAAAUGCAGUGAAUGUGGGAAAGCUUUCAGAAAGAACUCUAUCCUUUUAAGUCAUCACAGAAUUCAUACUGGUCACAAACCCUGCAAAUGUAAUGACUGUGGGAAAGCCUUUGCUCAGAAUGCAGCCGUUACUUGUCGUGAGAGGCUACAUAGUGGAGAGAAACCUUUUAAAUGUAAAGAAUGUGGGAAAGCUUUCAGGGAUAACUCAACUGUGUUGGAACAUCAGAAAAUCCAUACUGGUGAGAAACCAUAUCAGUGUAAUGACUGUGGAAGAGCCUUUAGGAAGAGCUCAACUCUUAUUAGUAAUCAAAGAAUACAUACAGGAGAGAAACCCUAUCAUUGUAGUAAAUGUGGAAAAUCUUUCAGAUAUAGCUCAUCCUUUGCUGGACAUCAGAAAACUCAUAGCGGAAAUAAACCCUAUCAAUGUAAUGACUGUGGGAAAGCCAUUAUGAAGAGAUCAACCUAUGGACAUCAGAGAAUUCAUACUGGAGAAAAACCCUAUCAGUGUAACAAAUGUGGGAAGUCCUUCAGACAUAGCUCUAGCCUUGUUGAACAUUAGAGAAUCCAUACUGGAGAAAAACCUUAUGAAUGUAAUAAGUGCGGGAAAGCUUUUCCCCAGAGUUCAGCCCUUAAACAACAUAAGAAAACUCAUAAUGAAGCAACAGCCAUUAAAUGUAGUGUGGUAAAUCAUGCAGAUGUAGUUUAUUCCUUUUGACCAUCAAAGAGGAGACAGUCAAUAAAUUACACAUUUAACAAAAAUAUUCUGUGCACCACUAUCCUGAAGAACUUCUCACUUGUGAGGAUGUCAUUGUAGUAUGGUUUGUACUAGUGAAAUAUUUGAAGAACCUAAAUAUCUAUCAAUAUGGAAAUAGUUACUAUAGAAUCCUAUGUAGCAAGUAAAAAGAAUGAGGUAGAGCUCUAUCUAUGGCCAGAGAAAUACCCCCAUGAUAUCUUGUUAAGUUAAGAAAGCAAGCUGCAGAAAAUUUAUAUAUUAUGGUCUUAUUUAUAUUUUAAAGAGUGAAACUUUUUUUGUGUGUACAUAUAUAUUAUAUGUAUUCAAAAAGAUCUGGAAAAAUAAAGGCCAAACUUUAACAGUUAUCUUUGAGAAGGAUGUGGUAUUGGUAUGCUGAAGUGAAAUUUUGACUUUGGCUGUGUCUUUUGAAAUAUUUAAUCAAGCAUACA